AUGGUCACACUCUACCAGAUAGGACGCGCUCCACAUUCGCCAAGUUUAACGCCGUUUGCAAUCAAAUUGGAGACCUAUCGUAGGAUAGCUAAAAUUCCAUAUAAAAAUGACCACAGAGGGAAGGCCAGUUCCAAGGGUAAAGUCCCGUGGAUUUCAUAUAACGGGAAAGGCAUUGCCGACUCGGAGUUCUCUAUAGAGUUCCUGAACAAGGAACGCAACAUAAAUCUAAACAGUCACCUUAACGAUGAACAGAAAGGAGUCCGCGCUUUUCAGAAGAUGGUUGAAGAAAACACAUACUGGUAAGUUUUAGUUCUUGAUCGCUGGUUGUAUGACAAAAUAAACGUUGCCGCCAUUACCUUCGGAGUUCCUAGGUUUAUGAGGUGGCUUCCGAGAAGAAGGUUCACGCGUAUGGCCAAGAAUCAUGGAAUUGGACGACAUAGCCAAGUGGAAGUCGAACAAAUUCUGCGACAUGAUGUCAACGCCAUAUCCGGUUAUCUAGGCUCAAAAAAGUUCCUGUUUGGAGAUCAGAUGUCCCAGUUUGAUUGUGCUAUCUUUGGUCAGCUAGCCGCGAUGAGAUAUGAACCAUUUGGUGGAAUAGCUGGACCCAUCGUUGAAGAGUUCCCUGCUGUGUGUGCUUACCUUGACCGCAUAAAGGUAGAAUACUGGUCAGAUUGGGACGAAUGUACGACAGGUGGUGGAACCAGGAAGGCCACCAAAUAA